AUGUCUUUAACACAAGAUAAGAAUAUUAUUAAAUUUCAGAAAGUUCUGGAUGAUAAGCAAUAUUAUGAAGCCCAUCAGUUAUUACGGACGAUAGUAAAUAGAUAUGUUAAAGCAUGUCAAUAUGUAUCGUCUAUAGAUCUUCUUUAUAAUGCAUCUAAACAGUUUUUUAAGGAGGGUCAGUUUGCAAGUGGAAGUGAUUUAGCGCUAUAUAUGAUUAAAAUUUAUAAUAUUAUGGAAUUAAGGCCAAAUACAACUAGUAAAUCUCGACUUCUUGAUAUUUUAUAUUUAUAUGGAUCUUCAGAACCUACAAGAAAACGAUUUAUUAAUGAAAUAUUGGCAUGGUCUAGUAAAUGGGGGGAAACUCCUGUAGGAGAUGCGGAUCUUCACCAUAAUAUAGGUGUUCUUUUAGCACAAGAGGGAAAUCUUUUUGAAGCAGAAAAACAUUUAGUGCUUGGAACGAAUGAAAGUGUAAAACCCUUAUUAAAUCUUCUUUGCGAUUAUUUUUGUGAAGAUAAUCUUUAUAUGGCUCCUUUUUAUGCAUCGCGAAUCGUGUUUCCUUAUCUCAUACUCCAUAACAUUGCUUGCGCUAUUCGAGGUUACCGUGGAAUAGUUGAUUAUUUAGUCGAAGAGAGAAAAGUUAUGACGCAUGCUUUAUCAUCAUCUGUUGCUGAUGUUAUUUUGUUUCCAUCAUUACCAUUGAUGAAUUUUCUAUGUUUUCUCAUUUUAACAUGCCAAAGAGGUGCCGUUGAUUUAUUUCAUACAUUAAAAACACAUUAUGCAGAUAUUUUGAAGGAAGCGCCUUCUUGGCAACCCUCCCUUGAGAAAAUAGGUAAUCUUUAUUUCAAUAUUCCGGCACAACAUUCAUCAAAAAGUAUCUGGAGCGAUCUCAUGAGUCAGCUAUUUAGCAAUGAGCCUGAAUCUCCUGGCGAACUUCCAGAGAUUCUUCAUGAAACACUUGAUUAA